AUGGAAGCUGAGAAUACUGACCACAACGAUGUGUUCACCGAGGAACCUCCGAUCGUGGACUGCGACGUCUUGGAAGCUGCGAAGGAAAAUAUACAGCCUUUGGCAGCUGGACGUCGUGUAACUACUCUUUCUGUCAUUCUAUCCACGCCACACGCCCAGCGCGAAGCCCAGCUUCUUUCUGUUCGAAAACGUCUUCGUGUAAAUGUGCAGAUUGCUCUUGAAGAUGACGACGACAAUCCGCUAGAGGCUUACUGUCGAUUUGUCUAUUGGACCCUGGAAAACUAUCCUCAGGGUCAGAGUGCAGAGUCUGGUCUACUAGAGCUCAUCGAGGAAGCAACAAGGGUGCUGAAAGACGACCGUGGUGGCAGAUGGAGAGGUGAUAUCAAGUACCUCAAGCUAUGGGUACUAUACGCAAGUUACGUCGAAAGACCCGCAGUCAUCUACCAAUUUUUACUUGCAAACGACAUUGGCACGGAUCAUGCACUUCUCUACGAAGAGCACGCAGCUGUCCUCGAAAGGGCAGUACGACGAAGUGAUGCGGACAACGCGUAUCUUCUUGGUAUUGCGAGGAAAGCUGAACCUCUCGAUCGUUUGAAGGGUAAACACCGCGAGUUCCAGAAACGAAUGAUGACAUCCACUGCAGCCCCUCCUCCUACCCGUGAUGUGCCUCCUGCCGCUCCGAGGACAGUUCUCAGGACCUCCUCUGUUUCCUCGGCGCGAGCAUCGUCAUCACAGGGUGACGUUUUUGCCUCUACUCAGCCGACGAGGCCGACACCCAACGGACGCCUCCAAGUCUUCGUAGACCCCUCAGGUUCCGACUUGCAAGAAGCUCCUGACACUCCCACACCGUGGUCAGAUGUUGGUACUCGAAAAACUCGCGUUAAAGAAAAUGUUCCAGAAGUCAGAAAGGCAGGAGGGACUACCCUAAAGCAGGCCGGACGAUCUCGACGAGUUGUUUCAGCUUCUGGCUCCGCUACCUCGAGGAUUGUACCAUUCAGGGAUCCUGGACCAGGGCAAGGCGUGGAAGUCAACGAGAUGCUCCCGCCUCCCGUUCCCAUAUCAAAGCACAAGGACAAUACACCGAAGACACCCGCGAGGAACAGUUCCAUUGUUCCGUUCGUUGAUGGUACUGGUGGGGCAGAUGGAGGCGUUCCUUCUACUCCUAAAUUUACACCGUUCCGAGACGAGGCUGAUAUUGACAUCCCUGCAACGCCCACCUUGUCUGCGCCUGAGACAAUCAUGAGACCAAAAAGUGCUGGCGCAAAAGGAUCUGUUGUGCUGUCUGAGGCCGAGGCAUUGAGAAAGGACCCUUUGAAGAACUACGACGUCGGAGAUCGACUGCAAUCGCCAGUAGAUGGGUGAGAAGGCUCCAGUUCACUCACGGCAUUUU